AUGUCGAAACUAACUAAUCGGGUUAUUGUAAUACCGCCAGCAGUGAAAAUUGUUAUUACUAAGGAAAAAGUUCAGGCUCAGGGUCCGCAAGGAACUAAUGAAUUAAACAUUAAUCCAGUAGUAGAAAUUAUUCAUAAUGAUAACAAAAUUACCACUCAGUCGCCUAACUUGGACUUGGCAGGCACUUUUAACUCUUUAAUUUACAAUUUAAUUGAGGGAGUUAACAAAGGCUAUAAGAAAAUCCUAAAAGUAGCUGGGGUAGGUUACAAAGUGGCUUUAAAAGAGAAAAAACUGGAAUUUUCACUAGGUAAAUCACAUUUAGAUUACCUAGAUAUUCCGGAUGACCUAGAAGUGCAGUUAAAAGGAAACGAAAUAACAAUUAGCGGAGUAGAUAAAAGUAAGGUCGGUGGCAGAAAUGAAAAAGCUAUCCAAGAAAACGAAAAAGUUGAACAAGAAACUAGAGAAGAAACUUUGGAAUUAGUAAAAGAAAAAGCAGCGGUUUUAGAAUUUUUUUUCAGAGAUGAUCUUAAUAUGAAUGUGAAAACACGUGUCAAGGUUUUAGAAAAGGUGAAAGAAGGUUUUACCGGAAUCGGAGAAGGUAAUGUUAAAAAGACUGUUUUUAAAACAAGAAAAGAAAGAUUUAAAAAAAUGAAGAAAAAUUUAGAAGAAAAUUUAACAGAGGAAGAAGAGUUGAAUUCUUAUUUAGUUGGUGAAGUAGAAAGUAUUGUCGUGGAAAAAGAUUAUUUUGUUGAAAAUCAACUAGGAAAAUUAGGAGAACUUUUUGGAGUUGAAUUUUUAGAAACUGGGGAUAGAGAUUUUAGAGAUGUUAUUGAUACUAGCAGAACAGAACGAGGAGUUUCACAGACGAAAGAAGAGAUUUUAGAAAAAAUUAGUCGACUAAAACAAGAACAAGAGGAAAGCACCAAAACUUCCGAAAUUACUCCGUCUGAAACAGAAAACGGACUGGACAAGUUUUUUAGGUUUUUUUCUGAGUUGGAUAGGAGAGAGGACGAAGAUUUUGUUUCCUGA